CCUGUUGGUGUCCCCCCGGCGGGUGUUUGUUUACCCCAGUAACACCCGCGACGCCGAGUGGGAGGGAGGCACCUUUUGGCCCGCCACUUACACUGCCGCUGCUACCCCGCCCACCACACUCACAGGGGCGUGUUCUAACCCACCGGGGCAGCCACAGAUCAGCAGCAAUGACGGAGGAAAUAUUAUCUCUGAAAUGGAACAACCAUCGUACAACAUUUUUUCAUGUCCUCUCCAAUGUUAGACUAAAGGAGGCAUACUCUGAUGCCACAGUGGCAUGUGAGGGCAAAUUUUUCCCAGUGCACAAACUGGUGAUGUCCUCCUGCAGUGAUUAUUUUGAGCAGAUCUUCCAAGUGGUACAGUGUCGGCAUCCUGUCAUUGUACUCAAGGACAUAACCCAUCAACACAUGGAUCUACUCCUCAGCUACAUGUACCUUGGAGAGGUCAAGGUAGCUCGAGGGGACCUCCAAGGAUUGCUCAGAGCUGCAGAGUGCCUCAGAAUCAAGGGUCUGGCUGUUCCUGAUGAGGCCCCAGUAAAAGAGGAGAUGUCCCCUUCAGUUACAGAGUCUGAAGGAGAUCCCAGCCCUCCCAGAAAACGUCUCAGGGCAGAGGAGGUGGUCAGUCCUCCGGAGAUAACUCACCUGCCUGCCCCUCCUCAGCCGACUCAGACGACUACUGCAGACUUUUCUUCACAAUACCAGGAUCAAGAAAACAGGGAAUUCUUUGACCUCCAGGUUCAGCCCUUUGGAGAUCCGGGCAAUGGUGUGAAAGAUGAAGUGAAAUACAAUGACAUGCAGGAAAAUGGUAAUGUCAACAAGACAGCAGGAGUCCCCAUGAACCAGAAUAUGGUACCGGCACAAGGAGUUGGCACCCACCAGCCUCACACAGGACAGGAGCCAUUGUUUGCCUGGAGUCAUCCUGAAGGGAAUCACCAGAACAACAUGAACUACCCCAUGAAUGUGCUGCCCAAUACACUGCCUGAACUCAACCUGAAUAAUGAACCUGGCAACAAUCGAAUAACUUCAUUAAAAUGUGUAUACUGUGAGAAGCUAUUCAUCUAUCCAGCAAAACUGGCCAGCCACUUAAGAACCCACACAGGGGAGAAGCCAUUUGCAUGUCCCUAUUGUCCAUACCGAGCCACACAACAGGGCAAUCUCAAUCGUCACGUCAAGAUCAAGCACUAUGUGGAGCAAGGCAACUGAUUCCCAAGUAGUCAUUGGUCACUGUCCAUAGCUCAUACUCUGAGUUACUCUUGUAAAGUUCAUUGUGUCUGUACUUUCAUAUAAACUCUGUUAAUUCAGUUAUAUCCACAACCCAAAGUUGAUAAAAAAAUAAGUUAGAACUGUGUUAUAAUGGACUAAUUGGAGAAUCUGCUGAUGAUUUAAAUUUUUUUCAUGUUAGUUAACUGGAACUAAUGUUGUCACUAAAUUAUAUGCCUAUGAAGUACAGCUAUUACCUAAACAUAUUUGAAAUAAUUGGUAAAGGCUUGAUGCCAUUUUUUUUUAUUUAUUUAUUUAUUUUUUUUUCAUUUAUUUAUUAUUUUUUUAUUUAUUUUAUUUUUUUAUUAAAAAAUCAAGCCAGUUUGAGAAUCAGUGCUAUACCUGUGAGUUAUCAGCUUCCUGUGAUUAGUGGGGCUGGAUGAUGCAGUGGUUGAGGCUGCCACUUCUACCCUGCAGGUUGGGCAUCACCGAGGAGGAGAAAUAGUGGUCUCCACAGCCCUUAUUGGGUUUCUUGACUUGUUUUCUCUCUCUCUCUCUCUCUCUCUCUCUCUCUCUCUCUCUCUCUCUCUCUCUCUCUCUCUCUCUCUCUCUCUCUCUCUCUCUCUCUCUCUCUCUCUCUCUCUCUCUCUCUCUCUCUCUCUCUCUCUCUCUCUCUCUCUCUCUCUCUCUCUCUCUCUCUCUCUCUCUCUGAUGUUGUCAGGCCACAAUGUCAGACACCUUUCACAGACUCGGCAUUGCAUGAAUAUUUGGUAUCACCUACUUAGUGAUCAACUGGCUUUAAGAUUUUUUUUUUUAAUUGUGAAGGCUCACUCCAGUAUACUGAAGGCCAUUAUAGCAAAGUUUAAUUAACAGCCUAGAGUUAUUCAAUCAUGUAUAGUUAUCAAUUGUCAAUAUUGUUAUAUGUAUGAAUAUUUCCACUAAUUUUUUGGCUAUAGAUUAUGUAUAUUAUAUUUAUAUUUUGCUUUAAAAUACCUUUUAAAUGUUUAUAUAUAUAUAUAUAUAUAUAUAUAUAUAUAUAUAUAUAUAUAUAUAUAUAUAUAUAUAUAUAUAUAUAUAUAUAAUGUGUGUGUGUGUGUGUGUGUGUGUGUGUGUGUGUGUGUGUGUGUGUGUGUGUAAUACAUAAACAGCAUGUUUUUUUUUUUAUUUUAAAGUUAUUUAAAAUGCUAUCUGGGAAUAGUAGCUUUGAAAAAGGUUCCUUUAAACCAAAAAUCAUGUAGGUAAUUAAUAUGUUCAUAUGGUAAAAUCAAGCUAUACCACAAUGAGUCAUAAUGAUGCAUGUAGAUGACUCAAAUAGACAAAGAAAGAA